GGCUGGCGGGAGUUAGAGGAGGAGCUGGCUGCCUGGUGUGAGCUGGCUCUCGGUGCCUUCCCACCCGCAGUUUCUGCACCGUUCAGCCCGCUGCUAUGGCUUCCCUCACCCGGCUGCUGGAAUGGGUCUUCUUCUUCUACUUCCUCUCCCACAUUCCCAUCACGCUGCUGGUGGACCUGCAGGCCGUGCUCCCCGCCAGCUGGUACCCGCCGGAGCUGCUGGAUUUGAUGAAGUGGUACACUGUCACUUUUAAGGACCACCUUAUGAUGAACCCCCCUCCAUGGUUUAAGAGUUUUGUAUACUGUGAAGCCAUUGUACAACUUCCAUUCUUCCCUGUGGCUGCAUACGCUUUCUUUAAAGGUGGCUGCCGGUGGAUAAGAAUUCCUGCCAUUGUGUACUCCUCUCAUGUAGCUACCACAGUGCUGCCCAUCCUUGCACAUCUUCUCUAUGGGGACUUUCCAAAAACAAACCUUUUGGAGUCUCCAAGCCAGCAGGAGCGUCUGGUGCUUGUGUCCGUCUAUGCCCCGUACCUGGUGAUUCCCUUACUUAUGCUACUCACCAUGUUGUUUAGUCCUCGCUAUUAUAAAGAAGAGAAGCGAAAGAAGAAGUAAAUUUUGGGGAUUGAAGACCAUGGAUUAGAUGGAAUGUGCUAAACCGCCCAACUGCAACUUAAUUUUAGACAAUUCUAAAUAAUGACUAUAAAAAAAAAAAAAUGCGCGUUAAUGUUUUAUUUUAUAUUUUUAAAGAAAAUAACAGUUUUGUGGGGUUUUUAUGUUUUACUUCAGGACCAACUUAUACCCUUUGCAGAUCUACACAAUGAUAUAUCCACCUGUUAUUUAAUAGAUCUUUAUGAGAAAGAUAUUAAUAGAAAUAGUAAUAGCAUAAUGUAAUUGGCUGAAGAGGAAAUGGAGCGUGCUACACUGUAUUAUGUAACUAGAAAAAACAGACGGUGGAACCAUGAAGUAAAACUCCCAUUCACACGGCUUUAUGGACCUUUCCCUCCCGCUAUAAUGGCAGAUUGCGCUGCCUGCCCUGCCAUGCUGUUAUGGGAAAUGUACGUUGCGUUCCUGUGGUCAGUAGCAGACUUUGCGGAGAGGCAAACAUUUUACUUCACGUCUAAAAGGGUAAGAGCGAACUAGUAGUGUCUAGUCAGUGUAAUAUUGUAUCUCUGUGGGGGAGAUAUAUCAAACCUUCAAGAGAGAUAAAGCAGAGACGUUGCUCAUUGCAACUAAUCAGCUUCUAGCUGUCCUCUGUUUAAGUCAAUAAAAUGAUACUGGAUGAUAUGGGCAACUUCACCACUUAUUUCUCUCAAAAGAUUUGAUACAUCUCCCCCUGUAUGAAAUUUAAUUUCUCUCACAAAUAGCAAAGAAACAGAUCUAGUGCCUCAGUGCACAUGCCAUAGUGACCUUUGUUGAAUGCUAUACAAAUGCCUGUACAUGAGGUCUCAUCCUGCUGAAUUGGGUGAGAACAGGAAUCCAAUUACCCGCAGUAAAUCGAUAAGCCGACGGGGGCAGCAAAACCAAAUCCCCGAAAGCAGUCCUGUUUUCAUGGGAAAACUGGGUUUCGGAUGGUGACACAGGUUUCACUGAACCUGUGUUUUCAGGAGAAAAUUCAUUUUCUUCAGGUGGUCCUACUAGGAUAGCCCAAAAAAAUAUCAGAAAAACACUGGGAAAACGUUUUCUGUUUUAAAAAAAAAACAAAAAACAGUUUUCCGCUCCAUGUGUUGCUUCGUGGCUAAUUGGACACUGCGAGCUCAUCCACGCACAAGACUUUUUCAGUAGCCAAGUUAUGUGUAUAGCUAUGGUUAGUGUCUUACUUAAAAACCUGUAACAUACUUUGAGGGACAUUUAUCAAAGCGUAGAGAGAGAGAUAAAGUACCAGCCAAUCAGCUCCCAACUGCCAUGUUACAGGCAGUGUUUGUAAAAUGACUUAUUGGUUGGAACUUUCUCUCUCCAAGCUUUGACCCAUCUCUCCCCUAAUCAUGAAUUAACUGCUCUUUUCCUAGGACUCUAUUCUACGGCAUGCAUAUCUGCUAUAUUAGCAAGUGUGACAGAUGUUAUUGUAUGUAACACAAACUCUGCAAGUAUUGCAGUGACCCAUAACACAAUCUAGCCAGAGUAUGCAUUUUUGUGUCAUUCUGAGACUUUUUAGAAUAAUUAGAUAGUAAAAAAGUUCCAUUAUGGCUUAGUGCUAACAAAGUGUAAUUUGCAUAAAUGUGCAACAAUCUAUAGUAACCAAUACAAUUAUAGCUGCAAUUUAGCUAACACUUAUUAAAGAACAAUGGGCUCAGUUAAAUGCAGUACGCUGUUAAUAGCGCCGGGAAGGAGGUCCCGGAAAUAUUCAAUUCAGCACGCUGUUAAUAGCGCCGGGAAGGAGGUCCCGGGACUAUUCAAUUCAGCGCGCUGUUAAUAGCGCCGGGAAGGAGGUCCCGGGACUAUUCAAUUCAGUGCACUGUUAAGCCUGACUGCAGGAUUUCUGCUCACACCCCUCCUGAGGUACGAGCAGAAAUCUGACAAAACUAGUGCCACAAUGCUGUUUUGUGCCUCAGCAUGGCGCAAACACCAUCGCGGGAGGGCACUUAAGGGGGAAAAUGCCCAUUCUCCAGGACAUCUUUCCUGGUGCUAUUCACAUCGCGCUGGAUUGAAUCAACCCCAUUGAGAGCCAUCAUGUAAUUGGUUGUUAUGCUUUACAGUACAUUUGUGUACACAACACUAUUAAAUAAAUUGUGUAUUAUAUAUAAUAAUCACCUUUAAUAUCAUUGUCAAAAUUGUAUUAUACGGACUGCUUAGAGUAUUACCUGUGUGAAACUAAUUUUCCAUCAAUAAUAUUCACCUAUUGCAAGAUGUACUGUAGUGUUGUAGCUCCGCUGUGAUGAUUCACUAAAUGAAUAAUGUGUGAUCAUUGGAAGUCCCCAUUGAGAUUAGGACUCUGUGACACAACCCGUUGAUUAAAGUGCCACCUGCACACCUAUAAUCUGGCUGGUACCACUGUAUCAGUCUGAGCAGGUGAUACUUUCUUUCUCAGAACAGACCUUUUGGAAACUGCUUUUAGUAUUGUCAAGCACUCUCCCUUGUCAUCCCUAUGUGAGGUGGAUGGUGGGACUGGGGAGGGGAGGUUGUCGUUGACAAGCCAAGCAAGUUUAGAUCUGUUAAUUACAAUAAAACCUAUUUCCAAUACAUAUUUGCCUGCACUUAUACCAUGAACCAAAAUGUUUCUGUAAUGAGUCUUUUAGAGAAAAUAUUCAAAGUUUGUUUGAAAUGGAUUCAGAUGGUCAGUUUCUACUUAAUUGUCUAUAUUUGUGAUCUUUACAAGUGUGUUAUUGUACCAAUCACUUGAUCUUUCUUACAAUUCAAUAAAUAUAUGUAUUUUCAAAUA